UUUUCCAUAAAAAUCAAAAAAAAUAAAUAAAAUAUUAUAUGUCGACGUCGGUAGAGCAAAACGGCGCCGUUUUACUGGAUUCUACCGCCGGCUCCGGUGGUGGAGUUGCUAAUAGUAAUGGUGCUUUGACGGUGAAGAAACCGCCGGCGAAGGACCGACAUAGUAAAGUUGAUGGAAGAGGAAGACGUAUAAGGAUGCCAAUUGUUUGUGCUGCUAGGGUUUUUCAGCUAACUCGUGAACUAGGUCAUAAAUCCGAUGGACAAACAAUUGAAUGGCUGUUACGUCAAGCUGAACCUUCGAUUAUUGCUGCUACUGGUACUGGUACUAUACCUGCUAGUUUCUCUACUGUUUCAGUUUCGUUACGAAAUUCAAUUUCUUCUGUUACUGCUUCUGCUCCGGUUGAUCAUAAGUUUCCGUCGCCGUCGCCGUCGUUGUUACAUCCGUUGAUUUCUCCGGCACCGUUUUUGCUUGGUAAGCGUUUACGUUCUGAGGAUGAUGAUAAUGGAAGUGGAGAUAAGGAUGUGGUUCCUAGUGCUGGAUUUUGGGCAGUUCCUGCUAGGCCGGAUUUUGGACAAGUUUGGAGUUUCGCUGCACCGUCGCCGGAGAUUUCACAUUCCGCUGCAGCAGCGAUGAAUACGCAGCCAUCGAGGUUUCUUCAGCAGCAGAUGGAAGAGGCAUCAGCUGGUAGAGUUGGGAAUUACUUUCCUAUAGCUCAAGGGCAUCUGAAUUUGCUAGCUUCUCUAUCGGGUUCGGGUUCUGGACCGAGAAGGGACGACGAUGGACAAUGAAGUAUUUGCUGUUUAUGAUAUGUAUAAAUUGAGUAUUGUUGUUGUUGUUUGUUCGUAUUAUUAAUUGUUAGGGAUUAGGUAGUGUAGUGAGUGAGAAAUGAAGCUAGGUUUUGUUGCAAUUUGUUGAAUUAUUGCUAGGAUUAGAGUGUUUGCUUGUUCGUUCGAUUGAUCGUUGCAUUUGUUAGGGUUUCAGUUCAUUUAAGUUAUGAGUGAUGUAGCCAUUAAGAGAGAGAUAAGACGAGACGCAAGAAUCUAAGGGAGUUUCUUGUGAUCGAUGAAUUUGGUUGGAAUUACCACUUAAAGCACAGAACUGCUCAAUAAGUGCUUGACCAUUUUCGAUAAUGGUGAGUGGAUAAGACAGUUAUUUAAGUGUGGUCUACGAAAACCUGUAGUUCCGCAUCAAUGUUUUUUGUAACGAAACCAUGGAGGUUUCUGAUGAAUGAAUUGAAUUCUGUAAUUUGUUGAAACUUUCAGUGACUCAAAUGAGUGUUAUGGAAUUUGUUCCUUAGAUA